AUGACCCUCUCCUCAGACAAAGAGCUCAAUGGGCUAGACAACCUCGGCUUUGUGGGUGAAGAUGGGAGCCACCACUGCCCCCCACCAGAUUGCACUGCCCAAGGCCCAGAAGAAGGCAGGGGUACGAGCCAUGGUGGCAGCAAGCUUGCCUAUGCUGUCACGGAUGUGCCCCCCUGGUACCUGUGCAUCCUGCUGGGCAUUCAGCAUUUCCUGACAGCCAUGGGAGGUCUCGUAGCCAUCCCGCUGAUCCUCUCCAAAGAGCUUUGCCUCCAGCACGACCUCCUCACCCAGAGCCACCUGAUCAGCACCAUCUUCUUUGUCUCAGGGAUUUGCACCCUGUUGCAAGUUCUCUUUGGAGUCAGGUUGCCUAUUAUUCAAGGAGGCACUUUCGCAUUCCUGACACCAACCCUGGCCAUGCUGUCUCUCCCCAAGUGGAAGUGCCCUGCCUGGACGCAGAACGCUACCCUGGUGAAUGCCUCUUCACCAGAGUUCAUUGAAGUCUGGCAGACACGGAUGCGAGAGGUGCAAGGAGCUAUCAUUGUAGCUUCCUGCUUUCAAAUCUUCGUUGGAUUUUCUGGCCUGAUUGGAUUUCUGAUGAGGUUCAUCGGCCCCCUGACAAUUGCCCCCACCAUCACCUUGGUUGCACUGCCUCUCUUUGACUUGGCUGGGGAUAAGGCUGGGCAGCACUGGGGCAUAGCAUUCAUGACUAUUUCUUUCAUAGUUCUGUUCUCUCAGUACCUGAAAGAUGUCCCUGUGCCGCUGCCGUCUUACCAGAGAGGCAAGAAGUGCCACCUCUCCCUGGUCUACCUCUUCCAGAUCUUCCCGGUGCUGCUGGGGCUCUCCCUGAGCUGGCUGCUCUGCUACGUGCUGACGGUGACCAAUGUCCUCCCUGCGGACCCCACUGCCUAUGGCCACCUGGCCCGGACGGACACCCAUGGGGACGUUUUGUCCCAGGCUCCCUGGUUUCGACUGCCUUACCCAGGCCAGUGGGGAGUGCCAACCGUCAGCCUAGCUGGAAUAUUCGGCAUCUUAGCUGGGGUGAUUUCCUCUAUGCUGGAGUCCGUGGGAGAUUACUACGCCUGUGCCCGCCUGUCUGGUGCCCCGCUACCGCCGAAGCAUGCCAUCAACCGUGGGAUCGGGGUGGAAGGCAUUGGCUGCCUCCUGGCUGGGGCCUGGGGGACGGGGAACGGUACCACGUCGUAUAGCGAGAAUGUGGGGGCCCUGGGCAUCACCAAGGUAGGGAGUCGAAUGGUGAUCAUUGCUGGUGCCUGUGCCAUGCUCCUGAGCGGCAUCUUUGGGAAAGUCGGGGCAAUACUUGCCAGCAUACCCACCCCUGUGAUUGGAGGCAUGUUCCUUGUGAUGUUCGGAGUUAUCACAGCAGUCGGGAUUUCCAAUUUGCAGUACACAGAUAUGAACUCCUCCAGAAACAUCUUUAUCUUUGGAUUUUCUUUAUUUGCUGGCCUUGCAGUUCCCAACUGGGCAAGUAAAAAUAGUGCGCUGCUGGAAACAGGAAUCAUCCAGCUGGACCAGGUGAUCCAGGUGCUUCUCACCACUGGCAUGUUUGUGGGCGGGCUCCUGGGGUUUAUCCUUGAUAACACCAUUCCAGGAACACAGGAGGAGCAGGGGCUCCUGGCGUGGAAGAACAGCCACAAAGGAGAGGUGAACAACUCUCAGCUCAUUUCCAAGGUCUAUGAUCUUCCGUUUGGUGUAGGCACCAAAUACUGUGCCGUCUCUUGGUUUCGUUAUCUCCCCGCUUGCCCCAAAAUACUAAAUGGUGGCAAGAGAAUGGAUGAACUGAAGGCUGCUGGACAGGGAAGCAGUGUUAAAUCAAGCUCAGACAGAGGCUCUGAGAUAGGUGCUGAUACAAGGAUAUAAGCACUGGGCCUGCAGGUGAACUCACCUCGGAAGCAGAGGAGUGAAAGGCAUGUCUGCAGACCCCGCAUUUGAAUGUGAGCUGGAAGAUGUAAGAGGCUGGAGCAAGAGAACGAUAAUGUCUUUCUCUUCCCAGCUCUGCUGCCUGUACCACUGGUAACCUUGAGGGAGUCAUUUUUCUGCUCUCUGCUCCUGCCUCUCCACCUCUGGGAAGAACUUAAUCCCUCUUUGGGGAACACCAAAGCCCAAGAAAUGCCUGGGAAAGAUGUUCAGUUUCCUUCCUUGCACUGAGCCUUGGGGACCCCAAGCAGCAGCUGUCUAGCUGAAGCAGAGCUCUUCCUGUCCCCUGUCCUGGCUGCUCAGGGGGCCACAGAAGGCAUCCCUGAUGUGGGCCCUGUACAGCUCUCAGGCAUCCCUUGGGCUGAGGCUAAUCCCUACCACCUUAAAGACCUGUAAUAGCAAUGGUCAUCUCUCAGUUUGCGGAUUCACCUCAAGGGGAAGGAGUGGGCACCUCUACAUCAUGAUUCUUCUCAUUCCAUAUUCCCAUAAUUUAAGGUCAGUCAAAUGAAUGUUGUUGUAAGAGAGGUGUCUAAGGUUAAUGGGAUGGGUUGUCUUCUGAACCUGCCUCUUCCACCUUAGACCGCAGAGGGAAUCUAGGGACCUUACUUAGGUUCUUGAUGUAACAGAAAAACCCAGCUUCACUGAAAUUAAUCCCACCUGAGGUGCUGGGAACACGCUCAGGGGAUCCAGCUUCUCCAAUGCACUGAACGCUACAAUGAUGAAGGAAUCGUGAUGAAAGAUGAAGGAGAAAACUCUUCUACUCACAAUCUGAUGCAUCCCUGCUACUGCUUUGUCCUGUGUCCCCCCUCACCAUAUCUGUUUGGUUCGGUGUGGUGAUUGUGCAGUGACAACCACUUCUCUGGAAAAUGGUUUGCACACUCUUGCUCCUUUCCGCUAUCAGCAGAAACAGCCUUAACCUAUAUGGCCAUAUAUAAUGUGAUUGCACAUGGUGCUGGUUACUGGUGUUUGUAAUAAUGUUGUUGCUGUAGCAUAAGCUUGUGUUUCCUGCAUUGAGAUUUAUACUUAGAUUUUUUUGGGGGAAAAAUAAAUAAAAUGUACAGUGUAAUGAUAGUUCUCGGGGUGAUUGCCAUAGUGAGUGGCAGGUAGUAUUCAAAGAAUCACAGAGUAAUUCAGUUGGCAGGGACCACUGGAGGUCAUCUGGGCCAGCCCAUGCUCAGAGCUGGUCCUCUUAGACCAGGUUUCAGAGGACUGUGUCCAGCUGAGCUACAGAUGGAGAGCCAUAGCCUCUUUGGGCAGCCUGUUCCAGUGCCUGACUACCCUCAUGAUGAAAAGCAUUUUUCCCUCAUGUCUAACUGGAAUUUCUGAUGCUUCACCUUGUGUCUGUUGCCUCUUGUUGGGUCACU